AUGAGCCAUGAUGUUCUGACGCCUGACGACGCGCUUAGCGAACCACAAGAGCAAAACACGCAACCUUUGAGCGAAGAUUAUAAAUCGGAUCGUACACAAGUGGAAACUGAAAAAUCUCCACCCAAAUCAACGGAUAAAGAGAGAAUCGAACUGCCGAAAGAGCCACUUCUGAAGCCGUACGUUCAGAAGGAAAAUGUACACGCGCAGAUUGUAGAAGAUGAUUUGGAAGAGGCUCAGAACAGAUUCCGAGUUGAUUCCACACAAACUUACACAGUUGCAGAGGACUUUAAGGCUUUAGAAGAUAUUGGGAAGGAUAAGAAAAAUAGGGAAAAGAGUUCUGAAGGGAAGAGAGAGAGAGAUCGAGUGUUGAGAUGGAAAGGGAUUACGGUAGAGGAGAUGAAGAAGAAGAGGGUGGAAAGAACGAUUUUGGAUGAUAUAAGUGGUCAUGCGUUCGGUGGAGAGUUGACAUUCAUAAUGGGAUCGUCGGGUGCUGGAAAAACUACACUUUUGAAUGUGCUAACUGGAAGAAAUAAGGGAAGUUUGAGAACGAAUGGAGAGAUCUCUUUGAAUGGACGUAAGAUGACGUCUUCUGGAAUGAAACAACUCAGCGCUUAUGUUCAACAAGAAGAUGUUUUCAUGGCGAGUCAAACAGUUUCAGAAGUUCUUCAUUUUGCUGUCAAAAUGAGAAGUCCGGAGAGGUUGAGCAAGAAGAAAAGAAAGAAUUUAGUAGAGAGUAUGUUGACGACUUUUGGAUUGAAGAAUUGUGAGAAUACCCGAGUAGGAUCAGUAAAAGAGAAGGGAAUAUCGAGAGGGGAGAAGAAAAGAUUGACGAUUGCUUGUGAGAUCCUCACAGAUCCUCCAGUCUUAUUCUGCGAUGAGCCAACAUCAGGACUAGAUUCUUUUAUGUCUCAUCAAGUGAUGAAAUGUCUCAAGGAUCUUGCCAAAGAAGGAAAGAUCGUGAUCUGCACCAUUCAUCAACCUAGCACAUGGGUAUAUCAGAUGGCUGAUCGACUAGUGGUCCUGUGUCUUGGAAAAGUUGCUUUUGAAGGUCGAACCAAAAAUAAAAUUCUAAAAACCCAACUGUCCAAAGAUCGUCUGACACUGUCGGAAUCCGUUAGCAUUAAAACGAAAAAAAAAAAUGAAUGCAAAAAAGUUGAAUAUUUUCAGGUUACGGUAAUUGUCGUUGUGGGACCUUUUUUCUCUUCCGCAUCUCCAAUUUUUCAGCUAGUCUCCUGGUUCCUCGGAAUGGUAUAUCUUCAAAUUCCAAUCAACAGAGACAAUCUUCUUGGCAUCAAAGGUGUCAUUUUUGCAACUCUCCAGAUGAACAACAUUCUCUAUAUGAUGCCUAGUCUUAUUUCAUUCUGGGAAGACUAUGCCGUUGUUGUGAGGGAAUAUCAGUCGAAUAUGUACUCUCCUAGUGCCUACUUCAUGGCGAGAUCAUUCACUGAUUCUCUCCUCCAUCUAUUCUAUCCAAUCAUCUUUUUCUCGAUUAUCUAUUUCAUGACUGGUCUUCCAAUCACUAUCAUCGGAAUGUCUACUUUCCUGACAAUGUGUAUCGCUAUGUCCAUGAUUAUCACCUCCCUUUCUCAUGCUGUAGUUUCUCUCUGUGGAAAUGCUACAAUCUCUUUGACAGUUGCCCCAUUGAUAUCAGUUCCCGUAAUGGUUUUUGGCGGAUUUUUGAUUACGGUAAAAGCGAUACCAAUUUAUUACAAACCAUUGAGCUAUGUUUCGUGGUAUCACUACGCAUUUGAGGCCAAUAUGAUAGCUCUUUUCAAGGAUCAUGGAGUCAUUGAAGGUGGUUUUCCUGUCAUGAAGAUUUUUCAUCUAUCAUUGGAAAUUGUAGGUUGUAAUCAAACUUCGAUUAUCACAUCUGCCAUGAAUAUGGAGUGCUCAACUGGAUUAAAGUUGAUAGAAGAUCAAGAUUUUGAUGUAGAUCAUUUCUGGAUGGAUUUUGUAGCGGUCGGAGCAAUUUUAAUUUUCUGGAAAGUCUUUGGUCUGAUUGCUUUUGUUUGGAGAAUUCGGAGUACUACAUAA